ACAUUAGGAUUCCGAAGAGACACAUCAACACAAAAUUUAUUCUAGUUCGUCUCGUAGAAUUCAUGAAAAUGAUUAAUUUGAAGUUCUCAAUAUUUGAAAAAUACAGUGUUAUAUGUCUGGGUAUAGAAUGUAAAUAUUGGAUGUGGGUGUGUUCGUGAUUUUUCUCAAUAGAUGCCUACAGCGACAUCACGUCCUUGUAAAUAUUAAUUCAUUUCUAUUUUCUUCAUGCAAUUCUUAUUUAGUUUUUCCUAACUGAGUGUGGUGUGAAUAUCAUAAGAAUAGAUAUGUAUCAAUUAUAGUUCUAUUUAUUCUUUUGAGUAUUAGUUUCAGUCGGAGAACUGAUCCUUAUAGAAGCUGAAGACAUUCGGUUGAUGUGUAUCUGGGUGUGGAUGUGGGUGUGGGUGGGUGUGGGUGUGGGUGUGGGUGUGUGGGUGUGGGUGUGGGUGUGGGGUGUGGCUGCGGGUGUGCUCUCUAAAAAAAAAGGAGUUUUGCAGAACCCCCGAAAAGGUUCUGUAGAUUUCUAAAAGCAUCCAAAUGUAUCCAAAAUCUCAAAAAAAGGGGAAAAAAUUCGACAGAACCUUUUGGAGGUUCUGCGGAGUACCCACUGGGAGAACUACCUCUUAGGAAACCUUUUUUUAGCUUCUGUACAGCAAAAAAAGAUUUCAUGAGCAAAUACGAAACCUUGAGGGCUCAGUACAAAACUAUUAGGGUUUCGUACCAAAGAUUAAUGGUUUUGUACUGAACCCUCAAGGUUUCGUAUUUGCUCACGAAACCUUUUUUUGCUGUACAGAAGCUAAAAAAAGGUUUCCUAAGAGGUGGUUCUCCUAGUGGGUACUCCGCAGAACCUCCAAAAGGUUCUGUCGAAUUUUUUCCCCUUUUUUUGAGAUUUUGGACACAUCUGGAUGCUUUUAGAAAACUACAGAACCUUUUCGGGGAGUUCUGCAAAACUCCUUUUUUUUAGAGAGUGGGGUGUGGGUGUGGGUUGAGUGGGUGUGGGUGUGGGUGGGUGGAUGUGGAAUGGUGUGAGGGUUGGUGUUCAUUGUCUCUUAACCCGCAGCCACACCCCACACCCACACCCACACCCACACACCCUGCAUUUGAAAACUUUGAAUUUAGCACAACUUUACUCUACUCUUUAAGAUCUUUUUGCCUUGAGAGUUUCAAAUUUUUCUAAUGAACCAUUCUCUAGAAACGCUGAAACAAACGACGGUUGCCUUUAGACAACAAUUACCAUUGUUCUAUUUCUGUCUUUACUCUUUCCUUCUGAUAUUUAAAUUCCUAUUGGUUGAAAUCUGUUUAUUUCUCAUCAAACUUUAAAUUGAAUAUUUUGUUUUGAUUUAAUUUAGUUCAAGCUCAUCUUGAUACUUCAUUUGGUAACAGCAUAAUAUUUACUGAAUCCAAUGUCUACAGAACUCAUUCUGUUCUUGAAGCAAGUCGAAUUUAUGGUAAAAUUCAAAGAUUUAUUCACAUUAGUACUGAUGAAGUCUAUGGUGAAACACCAUCUGGUAGUAAUUAA